AUGGCCACACCCAGUUCAUCCGCCAUUUGCUCUCUCCUUCAGCUUCUAUCCUUCAUGUACCGAUUACAACAGUACUCCUGUUGUGGAUGGCUGAAAUGUUGCGUCAAGACCUUGCUGCUGCAGACGCUCAUUGUCUUGGUCAGGGUCAGGGUCUUUUUCAAGAUCUCGUUCAUGCGGGGUAACACUACUAGUUGUCAUGUAGUGGUCCCGCUAUUCGCAUCUCUUAUCAUCUGUGCCACUUUGUACCCUCGGUAUCUUUUCUUUUUUAUCUCAACAAGCUUGAUAUUGGUCACUCAACCUUCUGUUGAGAUCUGUCACUCAAUAGUGAAAACCAUCCAGUCGAGAGUUAGGUGCACCUCACUGAUUUGA